AGUUGAAUAAAUGGAAGGGACACAGCCCACGUACUUAAGUGUAGAAAAUGUUUUGGUUUUGGUUUCGGACACAUCAAUUCAAAACCAACCACCAAAUUUUGCACUGCGCUGGUAAUCAUAAAAUCAAAAUACGAAUUGAAGGAAGAUGAUGACUCUUAAUCUAUGCUAAACCGGCGAUCACACUGAAAAUUUCCACAUUAAUAUUAUCAAUCCAAAUCGAAUUCAUAAACAAUGACGUCGAUGAGGGACCUCACGAGGCUCUUCAAUGGCAUCUCCUUAGUCGCAAACGAAAUUGCGAAACGUUCUUUACCCGCCACAACCUCUAAUUUCGAAACCCUAAUCAAGAACACUCUUCUCUCCGUCACCGAUAUCUCCGGCAUCACUAAAGGAAAACUUCGCCAAUUCUCCCCUCCUCAACCCUCCUCCUCUUCCUCCUAUAACACUACACACGCUUCUUCCGAUUCUCCUUCCGUUGUUGUGUUCUCAGAUCAUCCGUCUUCUCCACCCGAAUCAACAGUACCACCACCACCAAUAGCAGCAACAACAAUUGAAACAGUAACAAACAAUGACAUUGUUGCCGAUUUUUCUUAUGAUGCAAAUCUUAGGGAGGAACAUUCCGAUGCAACUGUUCGUGCUCGUGCCGUGGCGGCAAAUGAAAGUGAGAUUGUGAGCUCUACUGAAACGCUCAAGCAAGGUGCAACUACGAGUGAGGAAGUGCCGUUGAGGAAACGAAGACCGAGGGAGAGGAAGGUUCCUGCUACUCCAUUUUCUAGAGCUCUUGGGUUUGCUGGGCUAGGUGCCGGUCUUGCGUGGGGAACAGUCCAGGAAUCAGUCAAGAGGCUUGCUUAUGGUACACCUACUUCGCCAGGCAAUCAAUCUGCACUUUCCCCGUUCUUAUCUGAAAAAAAUGCCGAACGUUUAGCUCUUGCACUUUGCAGAAUGCGUGGAGCCGCACUCAAAAUCGGGCAGAUGUUGAGCAUACAGGAUGAGUCGCUUGUUCCUGCUCCGAUCCUGGCUGCAUUAGAAAUUGUCCGUCAGGGUGCAGAUGUGAUGCCAAAGAGCCAGCUUAAUCAAGUUUUAAAUUCUGAGUUAGGCCCGGACUGGUCAUCAAAAUUGCAUAGUUUUGAUUAUGAACCUUUAGCUGCUGCAAGUAUUGGCCAGGUGCACCGAGCUGUCAUGAAGGAUGGCUUACAAGUUGCAAUGAAAAUUCAAUACCCUGGUGUUGCAGAUAGCAUUGAGAGUGACAUUGAGAAUGUGAAACUUCUUCUAAACUACACAAAUCUAAUACCUGAAGGACUUUAUCUUGACAGAGCAAUUAAGGUUGCCAAAGAAGAAUUAUCUCGCGAGUGUGAUUACAAGUUGGAGGCAGCAAAUCAGAAACGAUUCCGAGAUCUUCUUGGUGGCACAGAAGGAUUUUAUGUUCCAAUAGUUCUGGAUGAUAUUUCAAGCAAAAGAGUACUAACUACAGAACUUAUUUCUGGGAUUCCAAUUGACAAAGUGGCAUUACUGGAUCAGGAAACUCGUAAUUAUAUUGGGAAAAAGUUGUUAGAACUCACGUUGAUGGAGUUAUUUGUAUUCCAAUUUAUGCAGACUGAUCCUAACUGGGGUAAUUUCUUAUAUGAUGAAGCUACAAAGACAAUCAAUCUUAUUGAUUUUGGAGCAGCACGGGAUUUCCCUAAAAGUUUUGUUGAUGAUUAUUUAAGGAUGGUUCUAGCAUGUGCAAAUGGUGAUAGUGAUGGCGUCAUUGAGAUGUCCAAGAGACUUGGAUUCCUCACAGGAAUGGAAUCUGACGUGAUGCUAGAUGCCCACGUACAGGCUGGUUUUAUUGUGGGUUUGCCAUUCUCAAGACCUGGUUCAUUUGACUUUCAAUCAAAUAACAUUACUCAAAGCCUUAGUCACCUCGGGUCGACAAUGCUGAAGCACAGGCUCACUCCUCCACCUGAUGAAGCCUACAGUUUGCACAGAAAACUUUCCGGUGCUUUUUUGGCAUGCAUCAAGAUUGGUGCUGUUGUCCCUUGUAGAGAACUAUUGCUUGAAAUAUACAAGCAUCAUAAGUUUGGUGAAGAAAAUGAGUUAUUAUCCAGCGGCUCAGUGUCUACGUAGGUUAUUUAUUUUUUAAACAAUUGAUUUUUGCUAAUUAUAAUAAGCCGCAUGAUGGUUGUUUGUGACCCAGCUCCUUAACCAUUAUACUUUAGUUUGGUCCGUAAUGGAGGCCUUUAUGGGGACACUUCCCUCAUUUGUAGCCUUAAGUGUAAUUAGAACUAUUCCCAGAUUGAUUCUUUAAAGGUGAUUGAUUCUUUCGAAUAGUAUGUCUGGGGUGUUUUUUCAUGUCAUCCUGCCCUUAGCUGAAUUAUGAAUAUUCAUUAUUAGUCAUACUGGUAUGCAUGACAAUGUGCCAAUUGGGUUAUCUGAAAAUGAACCCAUGUAAUACUUUUGUUUA